UGUGUCACUACUCGAUCUGUACCGGAAAUGCGCAGUACAAAUCGUGUUUCCGGUACGGAUCGAGUAGUGACAAUGUGACUGCGUGCAGUAUAGAGAGAAAUCAUAUUUGUUGUAACUUUAAUCAGUUUAGUGUGUGAUGACCGCGGCAGGAGGAGCAGCGCAGGUGGGAGAUGUGGAGGAGGACGCGUCUCAACUCAUGUUCCCGAAAGAGUUUGAGAAUGCAGAGACGCUGUUGAACUCGGAGGUUCACAUGUUGCUGGAGCAUCGUAAGCAGCAGAAUGAGAGCGCAGAAGAUGAGCAGGAGCUGUCCGAGGUCUUCAUGAAGACCCUCAACUACACGGCCAGAUUCAGCCGCUUCAAGAACAGAGAGACCAUCGCCAGCGUGCGCAGCUUACUUCUGCAGAAGAAACUUCACAAGUUUGAGUUGGCCAGUUUAGCUAACCUGUGUCCUGAGGCCGCAGAGGAAGCUAAAGCUCUCACCCCCAGUCUGGAAGGUCGAUUUGAGGAUGAGGAGCUGCGGCAAAUCCUGGACGACAUUCAGACCAAACGCAGCUUCCAGUAUUGAGUCUUCGGAUAUCUCUCAUUCAGUCCCGAAAGCUCUCUCUCUUCUCUUACUUGCAUAGCUCUUCAUAUAUUGACAGCUUUGUUCUUCUGUAGUUGUACUUUUUGUUUAUAAUGUGCUAGUGUUUUAAAAUAAAGUGUUUUGGAUAAUAA